AUGUUGCUCGGUAAUCUUCGAGAAGAUCAUCACUCCGAUUGUCGAAUAAGUCAAAGUGCACCUCAUUUAAUUGCAUCUGUGCCGAAGAAUGAUCCGUUCAUAUCUCAACAAGCAAUGAUGAGCUACGCUCGAAUGUCAUAUCGUUAUACAACAGUUACGUUACUUUCGAUGCGUCCACCACCGGAACUGACAAUGUUUCCUGAUCACUUAGUUGAACGACGUUUUCUCGACGAGGAAAACUAUAUCGAUCUCGAUCGUAUGUUGGCAGAAAAGGCUGGUAAAUUCCAAAUGGAUUCUUACGGUACGCAAGACGGUGCAGGUGAUGGACCAUCAACAUUGUUCAAAACAUCUAAACGCGACGUCUCGAGUCCAAAUGUGUCUGAAAAAGUGAAAAACCGUCGUCCAAAAGAUCCGUUGACGCCACAUCAAGUUGCUGCACUAACAUCUACUGCAACACGUCAUCAAACAUCAACUAUUCCAACACCGUUAUUAACUUCUCAAUCAAUUCCACCAUUGCCACAUAUCUCCAUCGAUGAUUACAACCAUCGACAAACGCAAAUCCAACGAUCCAUGUCGUACCAAAGACAAAAUUCCAAUCAUUUUCAGACACAACCGCAUCAAGUGAGAUCUCUUCUACCAGACUAUCGAACAAGUCGUACACAAAAUACAACUCCUAUUCUCCAACGUUUAUGCCAAGCUCACGAACGUCAACAUAGUAAAAAUGAUUUAUCACCACCUUGUACAAAUCAUCCACAUCGAGGCCAAUCUGUAUUUUGCACGCCAGUGUCUCCUGAGCAAUCUGCAAAUUCGCAGAAAACAUUUGCAUGGCCAUUUUCAACAAAUCCGAAUCAAAGAUCCGCUGCACAUCCAAUUCAUAUACCAAUGGCCACUCAAUCAAUUGUUAACCAAAAUCAGAAUGUACUCAGUCAAUUACUCGCGAAUCAUAUUCCAAGAUCAACGAUUAUGCAAACACCUUCUACACCAGCUGUUCAUAUACCUGCAUUCAAUAAUUCGAAUACUGAAGAUGAUAAUGACGAUGAUGACGACGACGAACAAAACUUUUAUUCUGCACCACCAUCACCAACACAACAAGAAGAAUUUUCGACGUCUGCAUUCAAUAACUCCAGUAAUCCUGAACACACACGUAUAUAUAAUCAAGCGGUACUAUUGAACUCAUUGAUACGGAAUAUGGUUAACGAAAAUAAUGUACAAAACUCUUCAUCCAAUGAGUCUUGCUCAUCCAACGAUACUCAAUCAGCUAGUUGGAAUCAAGAAUCGAAUGCAAGUUAUACCGAAAUGUAUAAUCUAAUUCGUCUUCUUUCACCCGGUGUCAAAAAUGUUGCUCAACAAGAAUUACUUCAAUAUCUCGAACAAGGUUGUUCGAAUGAACGCGAGGACAUGUUUCGUCUAAUCAGAACACUAAGUAUCGAUGAACAAAAUUCGUUAAAGCCAGUUUUAGUUCGUUUAAUCAACGAACAGUUGGAUAUUAUGAAAACUCAACAGCAAAUUCAACAAGGUCAUUCAAUCUCAAUCGAACAAGGCUAUUCUCCGACGAAUCGUUCAUCGUUAGAAAGCUGGUUUGGCUCAGAUAUCUAUAAGAAUGCCUAUCCACGAAUGCCAUCGGGCCGAGUGGUCUCUGCUCAUGACCUUGAAACAUCACGUUUGUCAUAA